UCUUGUUUGCAGAGCUCGGGCGGUUCCAUGUUUAUCAUUUAGAGGGGGUGACGACUGUCAGCAGAGUCUUGGUGGCCUCGUUGGUGGCUCUUCUUUUAUAUCUAAUUAGUCCUUUCUCCUUGGAUAUUAAAGACAAACUGACAAAAUGUCCAGCAAGAGGGCAAAGGUGAAGACCAGCAAAAAGCGUCCUCAGAGGGCCACUUCCAAUGUGUUCGCCAUGUUUGACCAGUCACAGAUCCAAGAGUUCAAGGAGGCCUUCAAUAUGAUCGACCAGAACCGUGAUGGCUUCAUAGAUAAAGAGGACCUGCAUGACAUGCUGGCUUCAUUAGGUAAGAACCCCACAGAUGAGUAUCUUGAGGCCAUGAUGAAUGAAGCACCAGGACCCAUCAACUUCACCAUGUUCCUCACAAUGUUUGGAGAGAAGCUGAAUGGCACAGACCCCGAGGACGUCAUCAGAAACGCUUUUGCUUGCUUUGACGAGGAAGGAACAGGUUUUAUCCAAGAGGAAUACCUCAGGGAGCUCCUGACCACCAUGGGCGACAGAUUCACAGACGAAGAGGUUGACGAGCUCUUCCGAGAAGCUCCUAUCGACAAGAAGGGCAACUUCAAUUACGUGGCAUUCACACGCAUCUUAAAGCACGGUGCCAAGGACAAAGACGAUUAGGAAGCGAUUUGGUCCGAAGACCCCAUGCAGAUUACACAUAACACUGCACAUCAUCUUUAAUUGUCGUAGUAGGCCAAUUCACACACGUUGGCUUUAGGAGGAAGGCACAUAAAACACUAAAAAGUAAGACUGAUAAACCUCGUUAUUAAAUAUUGUCUUAAUAUACUUAUAUAUUUCUACUCACAUAGAAACAGUGGAGUACUCAGGAGCAAAAAGUGAAGCUGUAGCAGUGUUAUAAGGUUAAGUUAAGCUUACAGUUAAGUCUGAAGUGUGACGACACCAUUGCUGUAUCGAAUUAUUUCCGCACUAAUUUUCCAUUGCACUCUGACGCUAUUUAGAUGGUGUGUAUUUGUUUGUUCGGUCAUGACAGCAAAGACUCCGGUCAGUGCUACUGCUCAGAUGUUAGCAAAGGUGCUUACAAUCAACCAAUUGAAUGUAACCACAUGGUAGAGGCAGCUUCCACAAUGUAACUACCAUACGAGCUCCAGCAUCUUAAACUAGCCUUUUGGUCAUAGCUUUCCGUUUGUGGUGCAGUAUUAAGGAAUAAUCUUACGCUGCAAAACUUCAGUCACAUGCUCUGUGAAAUACACUGACAGUGUAUAGCUAUAGCAACAGUAGAAUCUUCAUGAGCUGUUUAUCCCCCUGCGGUUUCUCUCAGGUUUUCUCAGAACAGAUAUGCUCUAUGAUUGAUUCACAAUCUCUGCACUGAGAAAACAUCACUUAAGAUUCUUACAUGCACUUGCAGGAUAUCUGGGUACCUCAUCUCAACGACGUUUUUGCAACUCUACUGAUUUCCUAGACCUGCCAUUAGGAAAGUAUUCAGUCCACCAGGGUGAAUACAUUUACAUUCCCUAGACACUACAUUUCAGGAUCCUACCGCUUAGAUGAUGAGUAUAAUAUUGUGUUCUUAACCUGUGUACAAAUAAAUGACAAAUAAAUUCCUCUCUUCUAGUCUC